AUGGGUGGUAUAUCUAAGGUUGCAGAAUCUUUACGUAAUAGUUUAGACAAUGCCAAAGCUAGAAAGCAACAGCCUGUUGGAUCCUUGGCUUUGGUGAACAAAGAUCAAGCUUUAAAAGGGCGUACUAAGAAGUAUGGAGGUGGAGGUUCAUAUUCGGGAUGUUUUUAUUAUGAAGCGAUAGAUCACCGUAAAUAUCUGUGUCCAGCAUGGAAGAAAGCUAGAGCGACAGCAUUAAAGAAGAAGGUGGCAGAAGAUCAGCAAGUGCAACCCAGCUUCCCUCCAUUUACGAAAGCAGGACCAGUAGAAGGAUUCUGGUCAUACAAUGCACAUCCUCCUGUAGGGGCUGUGGGAGUAAUGAGCAAAGGAGGAGAAGUUACUGCGGUGAGUGGGGCGACAGGAGGGCAGAGCACCAAGAAAAGGGGUCUGGGAGCAGAAGUAACUAGAGUACCAGGGGUUGCCAAGGUGUGGUAG